CAGGCCGCGAGUUCUUAAAUAAGCCACCUCGAAGUGGCCGUGCAGUUAAAGUUCCGUCUCCAUAGCUUGCACUUAUAGUUUUUAUUUAUUUUUAAUUUAGUUAUAGUUCAAACGCAAUGAAAUUUGCAUUAAUAACGUUAGUUCUAGUUUCCGCAGCAAACGCCCAAUUUAAAUGCCCCCCAAAAGACGGCCAAUACGAGGACUCUCGACAAUGUGACAAAUACUACGAGUGUGAAGACGGCGUCCCAAAAGAAAAACUUUGCCCAGAUGGCUUAGUUUUCGACCCACUAAUCCGAAAAAUCAACAAAUGUGACCAACCUUUCAAUGUCGACUGUGGUGAUCGUACUGAACUUCAACCUCCAAAACCCAACAACUACUGCCCACGACGCAACGGUUUCUUCGCCCAUCCUGACCCAGCAGUGUGCAACAAAUUCUAUAAUUGCAUUGAAGGCGAACACACGGAAAUUACUUGCACUGCAGGACUCCAUUUUGAUGAGUUUACCGGAACUUGCGUUUGGCCUGAUUCAGCAGGACGUCAAGGAUGCAACAAAGAUAUUACAAAUAAAUUGAAAGACGGUUUUGAGUGCCCCAACCAAGGCCAAACCGAUGCCAAUGGCCAACUCGUUGUCCACCCCAAAUACGCCCACCCCACCGAUUGUCAAAGAUUCUACGUGUGUCUGAAUGGCCAAGAACCCAGAGAUCUGGGUUGUCAAGUCGGUGAGGUCUACAAUGAGGAAACUCAGAGGUGUGAUGCUCCAGAAAAUGUACCUGGAUGUGAGGAUUGGUACAAAGACGAACCUGCUGCAGCUAAACCAUCCAAGAAGGUCUAAGUUGGCUGGCAUUUCACAUAUUACCACAAAGACUUUUAGAUAUUAUUUUCUUGUUUUUUGUAUGGUCACGUGUAACAUAUUGUCAAAUGAGGUGUUGUUAAGAAUUGUACGUGUAAAGCAAAAAUAAAUUAAUCCUGAUUUUUUA